UGGUAGAAAAAAAACUACUCAUCCUAGUGUUUGUCACAGCAUGGCGGGAGAAAAUCACCACCGCCACGUGGACGAAAUCACCACCGACCUCCGCCCCCCUCGCCGCCUCACUCCGACCGACAUCCGUCUAAUCGAAGACCGCAUCGCCGCCCGGAGCAGGGAGAUCCAAUCCCUCCUUCUCGACAAUCAUCGCCUUGCUGCCUCCCACGUGGCGCUCAAGCAGGAUGUCGCCGCCGCCCGGCAGGACCUCCACCGCCUCUCUGCCAUCAAGGACGAGCGGGAUGCGCACGUGCGAGAGGUCUACGAGAGCUCCCUCGAAAUGGAGGCCGGGCCUCGCUCCGCCGAAUUGGAUUGGGUUAGGGCUGAAAUUAAGGACCUCAGGGCCGAGCGCGAUCAAUUAUCGGAGAAAUUGAAGGAAAUUCAAGAGGAUUUAGCAACCUUUCAUCCUGAGCAGCAUGAAUUCUCUGAGCUCAAAGCUGACAUUGAGGCGUUGCAUACAGAAGUUGGCAAAGGAAGGGCUGCAGUUGAAUAUGAAAGGAAUAUGCAGUCCACUCACUGUGAGCUUAGUGAAGUAAUGGAGAAGCGCCUGAUAUCCAUGGCUCGUGAGUCAGAAAAAUUGCGUUCUGAACUUGCAAAUGCCGAGAGGAGAGCUAUGGCAGCCAUUGUAGGUGCAGGUGCAGCUGCCAACUCAGGUCCUGGAUACACCAUUCACCAGUGUUCUCUUCAAUCUGGAAUUUGCGAAAACUCCUUAGCUGAUCAUCAUGAUGUCCAUUAGGUAAGACUUAUGUGGAGGGCCUCUCAUUCCUCAUGGUCAGUUCAAUAUGCAAAGGUAGCAGUGUUGUAUCUAAGCCACCAUGCAAAUUUGGAGGGCUCAACAGCAUGCCGUGAUUGCUUGGUACCACCAAGAAGUGCACUAAAACCAGGAAGCCAGAUAAAAUGAUGCUACUUAAAAGAGCUCAUUUGACACUCGAGACACUUGGAACUUUAGUUUGUAGGGAAUGUACUUCUAUCAACAUUAUCAUUUAGUAUACUCCAUAGUAUUUUUUGGGGGUUUA